GCAGUGGCGCGCCGCUCUCCGGCCUACCUGCACUCCGUCAGUUGUGACGGUUCCCGGCCCGCUGCGAAAAUGUCCGUGUGCGUGGGAGAAGACCCCGGGACAGAGUCCCGCGGCCGCAGCCGGUACCGGAAGUGCGACUGCUGCCCGUACGGCUACCACAUCGACCUGGACUUCGUGCGCUACUGCGAGGCGAUGCGCCGCGGCGGCACCUCGCGGCCCCGACGGCCGCGCCGCCGACACCGGCACUCCCUGGAGGUGCUGCUCGGACUCGAGCCCCAGGCAGCCAACAGCGACGACGCGGCGGCGAGCAAGCAGCAGAGCGUUGUAACCGGCGACCUGCAGCACGCCGUCGACCUGUUCGAGGACGCACUGCAGAAGACCAGCAACAGCCACCACGUCACAGACGGGCUGAUGAACGGCGACAUCAGCGACGAGGUGGAUGGCUUGGCCGCCUGCCGCACAGACUUCGAAGCCAGGAGCCCAAACAGCGUGGCCAGCGCCACCUCUCCCAACGGCCUCAGCACCGGCGCCUUGCAGACUAUCCGAGAGCAAAUGGCUGUGAGUCUGGAACGGAUGCGGGAACUGGAAGAACAAGUGAAGCUAAUACCGAUACUGCAGGUGCAGCUGAACGUGCUGAAGGAGGAGAAACGCAAGCUGCUCGCUGAAGCUGAUCGCGAGAGACAGAGACCGCAGCCUGUUGCAGGGGAUGGAGGCAAAGCGGUGGCGGCGGUGCGCCACCGGGCUGUGGGCUGCGCAGUGGUGACGCGCGACGUGGGCGUCUGCAGCCGGAUGCCCCGGACGCGUGACGCUGCUACGUCUCCGGCGGCCUCGGCGCGCGCCGCCAGGGCUGCCGACGUCGCCUGCGCCACCGACGGCCGAAUCUACUCCGAAGACGACCUGCAGCGCAGGCUGCACGAGCAGCUCCUGCGCCAGGAGAGGGAGCUCGAGGAUAGGUUCGCCGUCCAGCUCCAGUCCCGACUGUCCGAAGAACUCCAGAGCAAAGUGUCUCGGGAAUUCGACGAGGCCGUCACACGUGAGCUCAGGAACAAGAUUUCUCGGGAGCUCGACGCUCGCGUGGAGGCCGAAUUCGAGAAGAGGGUUUUGCGGGCACUGGACGAUAAAGUUUCGUUAGAACUCGAGGGGCGCGUGCGGCGCGAUUUUGAAGACCGUGUGGCUAACCGACUCGAUCAACGUCUGCACAGCGAGUUGGAUUUCACUGUAGCGCGAGAAUUUGACCGAAAGGUGUCUACCGAACUGCAGCAGCGGCUAUCUCGAGACCUGGAGCAGACUGUUCGCUACCGGUUGGAGGACGCCGUGUCACAAGAGCUGGAGCGCAGGCUUGCCCGUGACCUGGAGGACAGGGUCUCCCGUGAACUGGACGACAGAGUGACUCGAGAGUUGCAAAUCCGUUUAUCCGACGAGUUACAAGAUCGAGUUGCCAGAGAAAUGGACGCCAGGGUACGCCUGGAGCUACAAGAAAAAUUGCGUCACGACUUGGAAGAUCGUGUGACGCGCGAAUUCGAGGACAGAGUAUCUCGAGAAGUGGAGGAGAGAAUUUCUCGAGAAAUGGAGGAUCUAGUGAGCCGCGAGUUCGAAGACAGAGUGGCGAGAACAUUGGAGGACAGGAUAUCUCACGAGAUGGAGGAGAGGGUGUCUCGCGAAUUCAAUAUCCGAGUUUCUGAAGAAGUGGAGGAGAGAGUCUCCCGGGAAGUGGAGGAAAGAGUGUCUCGAGAGGUGAACGAGAGAGUUUCUCGGGAGGUGGAGGUGAUGGUUUCUAGAGAACUGGAAGAACGAGUGGCCGCGAAAAUGAGGGAAAGGAUACGAGAAGAGCUGGAAGGGAUGUCAUCUCCCUUAAGACAGAAGAUAUAUCUGUCCAAAGUUGACGAUGACACGCCCCAACAGGCAGUCGCGGAGGACCACCGUCCAGAACAGUGUCGAUGUUUCGAAAAUGUGUCCGUUUCCACGAAUGCCGUACAAAAGUGCGACCUCGGUGUUCAGGUGAGAGACAAUAGUUUUCAGCGUCACGUUGCGACACAGUCGGAGCGCAACUGGUGGCUGAGAGAUGCCGGCAUGCAGGCCGAAGUCAGACAGAGGGACGCGUCGCUGCAGUGCGAGCCCAAGAUGUGGGCCAAAGACGCUCUCUCGCAGACGGCGAUUCCCAGGAAAGAAAUGUCGGUGCAGGCGACACUGGCUGUCAGGACUUUCGAGAUCGGCGUGUGCGCCAAACCGUCUUCCGGAGAUGCGUGGGUAGAGGCGAAGCCCACGACGGCCGACGUCGGCUGUACGGCGGUGUCGCGCCUGCAGCACAAGCCCGGGUUCGUGUCUCUCGAAGACCUCGAUGCAGUCCGUCCGGUGAGCAGCGCCACGCAGACCGACAACGCCGCCGUCACCCGGGAGAUGGCCACCAGCACUGUGGAGCGCAAGCUGGCGGACGCGUCCGCGCAGUGCCGGCUGAACGACGAAGCGCCCCCGCCGAGUCCCCGGGACCCGUCUCCGCAGCCGGUGGGCCUCUCCCGUAUACCGCGGCCGACGGUGACGACCCGGCCCGCGGACGGCACCAAGUCCCCUCGGCUCGGUGCGUCGCAGCUCACGCUACCGACGCUGAGGAGCAACUCCGUGAAGAAAAUCGUCACGCAGGAGCUCACGUCUUACAGCACUCGCUCGACGACCGUGGCAGCAAGCAGGGCGACGUCAGGAAACGCCAUUCAAGUCCGCAGCAAAAGUUCCGACCCGGCGCCGAGGCUGAAGAGACAGAACACUUACACGAAGAUUGACGACAAUGGAGAGAGAUUCGAGACUGAAAGGACUUCUAGCACAAACGCACAUGAAUCAGUUCGAAGUCCGCUAUCAUUGGAAGAAAGGGAAACAUGGAUGGGAUCGUAUCAGCUAGCGAGGACACAAACGUCAGAUGCAUCCUCAAAUCUGGGUAAUGUGGAAAAUCUGGAACGACUGGAAAGACCAAACAGGGUGGAACCUAGUAAAGAGAUGAAGGCUGCCCUUAAAGUUAUAAAUGAUUCAUUAACAAAACCAUCAGCAAAGAAGGAUCUGCCUCAUCAUUUGUCAAAUGCUGCGAAUAUAGUGCAGAAGGAGUGGUUCAGGAUAUCAGGGGGCAAGAAUGUUGAUCCCUUAGCUGUGGAGGAUUAUCUUGAUUAUAUUGAAGGUUAUUCUUCACAAUUACUGGAAUAUGUAGUCAAUAUGACUGACAUGAGUGGUAAUACUGCACUUCAUUAUGCAGUUUCCAGUGGAAACUUUGAUGUAGUGUCCAUAUUACUUGAUUCAAAGGUAUGUGACAUAAAUAAACCAAACACUGCUGGGUACACGUGUGUAAUGCUGGCUACAUUGGUGAAAUUACGCAAUGAAACUCAUAGGCAGAUCAUCCGGAGGAUGUUUCACCUGGCAGAUGUAAACAUAAAAGCAAAACCUCAUGGUCAAACUGCUUUGAUGCUGGCAACAUCUCAUGGUAACCUGGAAAUGGUGGAAAUGCUUACAGAAGCAGGUGCUGAUAUGAAUAUCCAGGAUGCUGAUGGUAGCACUGCUCUGAUGUGUGCUGCAGACCAUGGCUACACUGACAUUGUCAAACACAUAAUAUCUCAACCAGACUGUGAUGUCACUAUUGUUGAUUCUGAUGGAAAUAGCGCACUGAAUAUUGCAAUGGAAGCAGGAAAUAGGCACAUUGGGUUGCUUCUAUACGCUCACGAACAUUUCUCACGUAGUGGUUCUCCUCAUGGAUCUCUCCGACUGAAGCGUUCCAGAAGCUCAACUCCAACUUCAAGAGGCACAGUCACUCCAUCAUCACCACUAAUGACACGUGAUGGUUUAGACAAAUCAAGUUCGUAAUGAACAUAUGUAUUUCAGAAUAUAAAGAAGAUGAAAACUAAGCCUCAAAUACAAAUAUAGAUUUUAAAGAUCUCGACUUCUUGGAAAGUAUUGGAAUUUGAGGUAGAGCCAACACUUGCUUAAAGUAAAUAGUGAAUCUCCAUUCUAUAAAGUCAUACUUCAUUCUUUUAGAGUUAGAUAUAUAGAGGAAAUUAUUGGAACAAUACUCUUGGCCCUAAUGAUAGAUGUUGUGGGGUGGAAGAAGAGGGCUGGAGUGGAAACAAAAGAAAUAAUUCUCCAAUCCAUCUGCCCUGCAUCUACUUUAAUCUUCGGUUCACUUAUGACCAAGUUUUUUCCUUUUUAAUUUAGGAUGAUAAUUCCGUAAAUGUUUGAUACUGUGACUUGACUACUCUGGUUUUAGUGUGUGUGUGUGUGUGUGUGUGUGUGUGUGUGUGUGUGUGUGUGUGUGUUGGCCCUACCUUCACUUUUGAUUCUUCCUAAUGAGGUCAGCAUCUUUAUAAAAUCUUUGGUCAUAUUUGUAUUAAAAGAGUGUAUUUUUUAUAUGUUGCUGUCAUUUUUCAGCAAUGCUAUGGACAUUUUAUAAGUUUGUUCAAUAAUUAAGAGCAGUUAUUUUAAUUUUAAACUAAUUAAAAAUAUUCUGUUCCAAAACUAAUUUUAUGAGCUUAUUCUUAUAAGUGACAAUAGCAGUGGCAGCUGAUAUAUUUUGACUGAUCUGUUCAUUUUGUUGUGGAAUUGUUCCAUCUAGUGAGUUGAUCACUAAAUUAGACACCCUGAUAACUAUCACCAGAACUUGCUGUUCGGUACUGAGUAUGGGGUGUCCGACUCUUAGACAAUUUUUUCUUAAAUUGCGCACAUAUACCAUUGCAACAAUUUAAUGUGAAUACUUCAAAAGUUUUUGAAGGUAUACUUGUUGCAGGAACUGCAAAUGUCUUUCAUUUUUUAAAAUUUUGUUGGGUCUGUCACGCAAAUGAGAUAAGAGAACUCGGCAAAGUAGUUAGUUACCUAUCGAAAUAAGGAAUUUUAUUUGGUAGAUGUCCCCAUUAGAUUCAUUAGGAAUUAAUUGGUGUCUGUAUGAACUUAUUAGUGUUUUGGGCAUUGCCAGCGACUAUCAGGACUUUGUGUGUUAGUGGAAUAAAAUGUGAUUCCUAUGACCAGAUGUGCAUUUAAAACUUAUAACAUAAGGGUGCUCUCUCAAUUUGAAAGUUUCUCUCUGUCGUAUGUAUCAGGUGAUUAGUCAAAACUACUUUCUGGCUGUACAGUUUUUGUCCAUUGUCAGCAGAAGAAUAAUCAAAACACAGUAACUUUUUUCUAGUUUACCUUACAGUUAUGUUAACUGCUCACUUAGUUCUUUCCAUCCGCAUUUUUAUUCAGUGAUUAUGUAAGUCAAAAUGGUAGUUCAAAGACUACUCUGGUGAAGUCCUCAAAGUAAUCUUCCAGUGUGUCCAAAACACACACUGUGAAGUUUUAGUAGAUGAAAUAGGUAACAACCUGAACAGAAUAAAGUAGCAGGAAAACAUCUUAAAUAGGGCCAGACAAGAGUGUUUGCAAUUUCUUGGAACUGCUGGGCAGUUGAUUUUGGCAUUCCCUGAGUCCACAUUUCAACUGCCACAUUGUAUGAUUUCCUUUAUUUUCUGUCUUGCUGAUUGUAAUUUUACUUUUGUGCUUCCUGCUUAUGAAGCAAGUAAAUGCUGCUGUUGUUAUUAUUAUUAUUAUUGUUGUUGUUAUAUUAAUUUUAAUCUUGUUCCAGUACAUCUGGAUUUCUAUAUCUUUGUCUAAACUUUCUCUUGUCAUUUUCAUGCCAGUAUUCUGUAACAGAUAUAUUUUUACAGUGUAAGGCUCUGAUUUAUGAGAAUAUUAGAGGAAGUAUAAAAUAUUUUCAGAUUCAGAACUUCAUAGAAAAAAUAUUGGCAGUGGUCUAAGUAAUUAUUUUUUACCUACCUUACUUUAUACACAGUUUAACAAAUUUUAAAAUAUGUUGGUAAUGCUCUAAAGGAUGAGAUAUAUUAAUAGUAUUGAUGAUAAACUGUAAUGGCUGUAUGUUACUACAGUAUUGGUGUUUUAGCAAUCCCAAGAAUCUUCAUUAACAAUAUAUUAGCCAUGUAUGUCCAUCCAUAGUUGUAACUGACAAAAGUAACUUUCAUGUUGAAAAUUUCUAAAUAAAUUUCAGUGCUACUUAAAUAUUUAUUGAAGAAAUAUGUGUCUGAAAUACAGUAUUUUUGAAUGUAUCAUAGAAAUUCAGUGUAGUAACUGAUGUCUGACUACUAUAAAUAAAUAUUUUCGUAAAGAAAUAAAAAUAAGUGCUAAUUUUUUAAAAUUAUCUAAGAUUUCAGUUGCUAGUGUGAUAAAAAAAAUUUCUGCUGAAAGAAUGAAGUUCUUAUGCUCACACUGACAAUAAUAUUUCAGUUUAUCUGAAACGGUAAGUGUGUUCUAAAGUAUUACACAUAAAGUAGUGUUUUGUUUAAAGGGAUUGCUAUUUUUUGCUAACCAUUAUAAUAUAUUGCUGGUCAUAUACAUCCAGUUACAUGUCUGCCUAAAGAAUAGCUUCUUAAAAUUUAUUUUGUUAUUGAAUUGUAACUUUUUAGACUCUUAGACUUAAUUGGCUGAAAGAGAGGACUGAAAUCCAGCAGUCAUGUUUUAACGAGAUGAAGCACAGGAAUGAGAAUUUUUCCGUGUACACAGAAUCUCAUUGUGGACUAAAUCUGCCUAGAAUGGUUGUGCAUGGUAGAAUUGUGAGCCAUAUUUAGACUGAUACAAACUAAAAAUGUGAGUUAUAUGCUAUUUUCUUAAAUUACAAGGAAAGUGACUACCUAUGAAUGUAAAUAAAAAUAAA